AUGGCUGAGCUGGGUUUGACGGGAUUUCCACUGGCCACGAUGACGCUGACCCUUCUGGUCGGUACACGUUUCGGUUAUGCAUCGAGAGCAGGUGCAGAUGAUCAUGAUCAGAAUGAGGGCUUGCUGGAAAGUGAAAUCCGAAAGUCUGAUUCGGGUGUCGAAGGUAAGUGUCGCAUGCCCAGCUCAGCUGUCGCUGCCGAAAAAGAGGUCACAGCGCAAAAGGCAGCUGUCGCACGCCGCAGGCCAGAUGUCGCAGCCGGAGCAGACCUGUCGCACGCCAAAUUUCGUUUUGUACUGUACAGGUGA